AGCACUCCAGCGACAGAUCUUUGAUUUCCUGGGCUACCAGUGGGCUCCCAUCCUGGCCAACUUCCUACAUAUCAUGGCUGUCAUCCUGGGCAUCUUUGGCACCGUGCAGUAUCGAUCCCGGUACCUCAUUCUGUACGCAGCCUGGCUGGUGCUCUGGGUUGGCUGGAACGCCUUCAUCAUCUGCUUCUACCUGGAGGUUGGACAGCUGUCCCAGGACCGGGACUUUAUCAUGACCUUCAACACAUCCCUGCAUCGCUCGUGGUGGAUGGAGAAUGGGCCCGGCUGCCUGGUGACCCCUGUUCUGAACUCCCGCCUGGCUCUGGAGGACCACCAUGUCAUCUCCGUCACGGGCUGCCUGCUUGAUUAUCCUUACAUUGAAGCCCUCAGCAGUGCCCUGCAGAUCUUCCUAGCUCUGUUCGGCUUUGUGUUUGCCUGUUACGUCAGCAAAGUGUUCCUGGAGGAGGAGGACAGCUUUGACUUCAUCGGUGGCUUUGACUCCUAUGGGUACCAGGCGCCGCAGAAGACGUCGCAUUUACAGCUGCAACCUCUGUACACGUCGGGGUAGCUUCUACCCUGCUCCUACCCGCGUACCUGGGCAACUGGAGUUAGAAGCUGCGCCUUAAGGGGGCUCGGAUCACGAUGGGCAGGCGCGCUCCUUGGCUGCCCACGGGCUGACCGCACCUUGCGCAGCCUCUCCUGUAUCUGCCGCUCCUGGAGCAAAUGCGGACUGAGACUUGAACUUGGACAUGACCCUGGCUCUGGCCAUGGCCCUUAGCAGCCGGACUUCAGGGUUGGGACAGGACGGGACUGGGGGGAGGGGGAAUUGCUGGGUUUGUAUUUUUUUUUAAUCUCAGCCUUGGUACGUGCCAGGGUCUUCCUCUUUCUUCAGCUUCGCUCCUUGCCUAGUAUUUUGCCCUCAGUCCAAACAGCAAGACAGACGGACUCAUCCCCAUCUCGUCCCUCGUGUACCUGCCCUGGGGGACACACGAUGAACUAGGAGAAGGAGUCCUGGGCUCCAGCCGCAGGGGCAUCACUGACAUCCUGUGUGACAUCUGGCAGAGCCUUUGCUCUCUCUGAGCCUCAGUUUCCCCGCCUCAGAUAAUUACGAUAAUCCCUGAGCAGAUGACACUUCUGGCGCACUCAUUUCUCAGUUCCCUGGGCUACAGUGCAGAUGGGAAAACUGAGGCCCAGAGACGUGAAGUGACUCCCUUGAAGCCACACAGUAAGGCUUUAGUGGAGGCAGGCUUUGAAUCUCGCAGGCUCUAGUUUUAAACUCUGCAACCCAGGAUCCGGCCUCCGGACUUGGUUUACAAGCCCCCUUGCAGCAUGGGCAUUCCCACACACUCACAUGCCAUCGCCACCACACACCAGCUCCACUCUUAAAGCAAUAUACCAGUUUCUUGUUGGGAACCAGACAGACAGAGCCCAAAGCCUUGAGUUCAGCCUGACCCACAGGAAACCUUUGUAAUCUCAGCCUACCCUUCUUUGACAAACCUUCGAA